AUGGAGAUUCUAAAAUUGGCCGUAUACCAAAGAAAUAUUCAAAAGUUUAUAACCCUGAAUGAAAGAAGUUACGUUUGCCAGUCGAUAUCCGAGGUCAUUCUUAAUGUGCUUGAUGAUUUACAAGACAAAGUGAUUCAAUUUGAAACGAAACAUCAACAGACUUUUCUGGGUUUGCAUAGACUCAAGAUUUAUCUGCAACCAGCACUGUCCAUAUUUGAACUUUUGAACAGCAUUAUACAACCCUUUGUUUCUGAGUAUGGUAAUGACAAAUAUAUGAAACACAAUGAAAAUGUUCAUAGCAGCGACUUUAUCUACUCCAACGAAUCGACCUUGCCUUUCGAAGUAUCUGGUGAACAUAUUUGUACAUGUAUAGGGGUCGAAUUAAUCAACAAACUAUAUUCUAUAAGGAAAAUGUUUGGUCCGGGGGAUUCACGUCGUAAUAUAGUUAACUAUCUCUUUAAUAAAGCCAUGACAUCUUACACACAAUUAAUUACUCAAUGGAUGUAUUUUGGAAUUUUAAACGACCCUUACAAGGAGUUUUUUGUAACCCAUGUUUUACCCACUGAUGAUAUGGAGCAUGCAAAUGCCAACACUUUGUAUGAUUCAGAAGUGGUGUUAGACGAAGAAAAGAUUCCAGAGCCUAUAAAUAGCAUUUAUAAGGAAAUUUAUAGUAUAGGCAAAUAUAUCAGAAUUAUUGAAUCGAUGCCCCUACAGGCUGUAGGAAACUACACAUACACUAGCGUUGAAGAUCUUAUUUCACAUGUAAAGGAUGUCCACCAAAAUAUUUCAAACAGGGUAAUGAAAUUUGUUAUGAUUGAUUCAAAUUUCACUGGAAAGUUAGAAUCUGUGUAUAAAUUUUAUUUGCUAAGUCAAUCUGACUUUAUAUAUCCAAUAUUUGACUUGAUAAAUCAUGAAAAAUCGGAAUAUAUUUUACAGAAAACUUUUAGAGAAUCACUAGAGUUUUCCUCCGUAAGAGGAGAUCCUCGUAAGGAUUUUUUUGAGAUAAAGCUUGAUAAUAUUACAAACCUUCCAGCAGCCUUGGAUUAUUUAAGUAAUGGUGGCUAUAAGAUUACAACCUCAAGCAAUCCAGAGGUGUAUAAGAGGAUCGCGAUUAGUUGUGGAGAAUCACACUCUGUGUUUGUUUUCAACAACAAUGUAAUGUACAAGUACUUACUGCUAUUCAAGUAUAUCUUUCAAUUGAAAUAUUCUGAAUUUCAACUCUCCAAUGUCUGGGCAAAUCAGAUAAAAACAAGGGAACUGCCACUAGAUCCACAAACACAAACAAGAUUCAAUUUUUCUCUCAUUACGAGGGAAAGAAUGUUGUUCUUUGUAAGAACUUUACUUCAACACACAUGUAUAGAUGUUGUUUACGAUGAAUACAACACUUUGUGUGCAGAAAACUUUGAAGAUUUGUCAGAACUCACGACUAGACAUGAGCAAUUUUUGAAUAAUCUAUUGGAAGAGUCUUUACUUACCAAUGCAGAGAUUUUUCCUGUAAUUAUGCGCACACUUGGGAUAUGUAAUGCAUUUUCUAAACAUAUGCUCAAAUUCGCGGAUUUUAUAACAGAUAAUUCUAUUGUGGCAUGCAAGUUAUCCGGCAUAAAAAAGCAUCUAGUGCAAAGAAGGCUUGCGGUGGAAAGGCACUCCAAGGAUACUAGUAAACUUUUGAAUAACCCUGGCUAUAUUGCGAUGGUAAAAAACGCAAACAAGCAGUUUGAGGAAAAUGUAAAGAAUUUUAUGGCCUUACUACGUGCUAAGGAUAUAAAAAAACUACAAUACAAAUUCAACUUUAAUUACUUUUUCUAA